GACUAUAAGAUUCAGAUAUGUCCUUCAUAUUUGAUUGGAUUUACAGUGGUUUCAGUAGUGUGUUACAGUUUUUAGGACUCUACAAGAAAUCGGGCAAACUAGUAUUUCUUGGACUGGACAAUGCUGGAAAAACUACACUGCUGCAUAUGCUCAAAGAUGACAGACUGGGACAACACGUCCCCACGUUACACCCCACUUCAGAAGAGCUGACAAUUGCUGGCAUGACUUUCACUACCUUUGAUCUGGGUGGACAUGCUCAAGGUAAGAGAAUACAUUGA